CUACCUAAUAGGCGGACCCUUAUUAGUUUUCUUCUGUUUUUUAUCUCUUCUGUAAAUUUAAUGCACUUCGCUCAGCUACCCCGUGCAUAAUGUUAACGCACGGGGCCCUACGUUUUGAUCUGGAAACAUCUGGCACGGUAAGUAUUUGACAGAUACAAAUUUGUUCUACAUCUUCUUGUUUCAGCUGUAGCAUAGCCUUUCUCAAAGUACUUUAGUUUGUUUUGUUUUCUAUUCUCUCUGCAGAAAUGCAAUCACCCCUAAGGACUCUCCAUUUCCAAGGAAUGUUGAUCCUCGCCCAUUCUCAAGAACAUACGAUAAAUUUUAUAGCAGUAAAAUUCAGUGUGUGGUUCUCAACGUUACUGCCGCUGGUCCAGUUACUCAUUUGAUGUGCAUUUUAAUAUGGUAUUUUUUUCCCUCUCUGUUGUAAUUUACUUUGAUUGGUUUCCUUUUCUCAUCAAAAUCUUGGGCAUCCUUAAAAUUCCCUCUAAAAACUCCAUUAAAUAAUUUGGUUUUAAGAAAUAGUCAUUCUUGCCUCAUGAUGUACCUACUUGAAUUAUAUGCAUUGUAUCCAAAGGACGCCCUGUAUUGGGGCUGUUUCAUUCCCAACUUAUGCAUCCCUGGUUGUGUUUCACAACAACAACUUUGAAAACAGAUAGUGUGUUUGAGACGUAUUAAUUCUCUAGGGGGAAAAUAAAUACCCUGUUUUACACUGUAAUGCAGAGGGCUGACUUGAAUUCAAAAGAAAUUUCAAGUGGAUUUGUAUCAUUACUCAGUUUUAUCACUUUUCCCAGGGCUUUUUAAAUUUUUAUAGACACAUCCUAAACUAUGAAUACUUUGUGGAAAAUUUCUUGUUUUACCUCGUAUGGAUUGCAAUAAAGUACAGGGAGAGAGCUGUUCUGGCACCUGGAUUUCCCUAAUUUCUCAGAGGGUGUCAGUGGGGUUUGUUUUUAAGAGAACAUCUGUUAAAGAUUGGUAUUAGGGUGGUAUGUGUGCUGAAGUUUAUAUAUAUAUAUCACUUGAUGUUAUACAGUAAACUUAAGCAUAGGCUAUUCAAAAUAUUUAGUUCAUUUCUCUAUUUUACUUCACACAGUUUUAUAUGCUGUGCACUUUCUCCAAAAUCGGAUGCAUACGCAGUCGUUAACGCUGCGGGACCCCGAAUCCCCUCCCUUGCAUUCUCCCUCCCCUCCCUGUUACCCCUACCCCUUGCUCCUUCAUUUGUCAGUUGCUUUGCCGUUUUGCGCGGUAAUAUGUACCAACCAGUCUUAAGUUUUUGUCCCUGAACCAGGUUGUUAGGCGGCUUAGCCAUGGCAAUGCCCCGCUUGCCUGUUAAAAUACCAGGUACUCAACCUGGUACAUUUGUGUAUCACAAAAAUGACGGGUAUGUCUAUCAGAAGAAUCGUGUAACCGAUACGAGUGUUUACCUAAAAUGUGCAAAAUAUGAGGGCAGAUUAUGCCAUGGACGGGCUAUUUUCAACGAAAGGGACGGUUUCAUUAGCAAAGCUAAUACUCACAAUCAUAAUCCUGAUGUUCAUGAGCCUGCAGAAAGGGAGCUCCGAGGAAAAAUUUUAGCCAGGUGCAGGACAGCAGAAUAUGUAUCUUUCAGAACUAUCAUUAAUCAGGAAAGAUAACCAUAUAAUAUGGCUGUAAAGCAAAGAGUGUCCCUUGCUCGAAUGCGCCCUGCAUUGCAUUGAAUGCAGAGGGCAAGGCGUUCUAUUUAUCCCGAGCCACCACAAUCAUUGCAGGAGUUAUCUGAAAUUCUUAGACCGCAAAACAGAAUUAUUACCAUGACAAAGGAUGGAAGGGACAACUUUUAUGCUGCUUCAGUGAAUGCUGCUGACGGUUCUCACUGUGUCAUAUUUGCAUCCAGAAGAAUGAUCAAUUUUGCUGCAAGAAACAUGGAUUAUUUUUUUGGUGAUGGAACGUUUCAAGUUCUUCCAGCUAUUCCAGAUUUGACACGUGCUUCACAGGUCUACACUGUGGUAGGUAACUGGAACCACCAUAUUAUACCUAUUGCAACUGUCAUAAUGACAAGACGGACUGAGAGUGCAUAUGAUGCUGUGUUGCAAGCUCUGCAUGCACUUUUGAAUGGUGCACCAAAUGUAAGGAAAAUAGUAACUGACUUUGAACCUGCUGCCCAGAAUGCUUGGGAGGACAACUUCCCGAAUGCAGAACUUCAAGGCUGCUUCUUCCAUGUUGUUCGUGCCUUCAUCAGGUAUGCCAAAGAGCAACUUCACAUGACUGUACAUCUCAGGAGGGAUGGACCUGUGCGCAGUUUGGUAAGGCUCUGCUGUGACAUUCCUCUGCUGCCCCGCAGAUAUUUUAGAAGAGGAUUUCUGAUCAUCAUGAAUGAAGCCAGAAAUGAAGGUCGCAGAAUAUAUGGUAUCCUGAGACCAUUCUUUGACUACAUCCUAAUAAACUGGAUCAACAAUGAGCACAAAAAUAGGCUCAUGUCUGUGUAUGGCUCCCGGUAUCGUACCAAUAAUACCUGUAAAAGCCAUCACAGGCAGCUCAAGAAAUACAUGGUGGUCCCCCACCCCAAUAUUUAUGACUUCAUUGGUGGCAUUGCCUCGAUUGAGGAUGCAGCCUGGAUUGAUGCUAAUGCACUAGAAAACGGUGAGGUUGUUGGACGCCGAAGGAAGGCUGCAUCAAUAGCCAAUGACCGACGCCUCCGCCGUCUUGCCAAUGACCUCAGGCAAGCUGGUCCCCAACUGAGAGAUGCUGCUAUCCUAAGAUACCUGCGGGCAGCAGCGUACACAUUUGCAAACGCCUAUGACAGGGCAGUGGAGGAGGCUUAAUUGCGAUGCUUCUCAUAAGUAGUUACUAUAUGUUAUCAUCCAUAUUCAUGUUCAUAUGAGGAUGCCUGUAUUAUGAUCUAGACUUAUAGAAGCAAUACAAUUGUUGUUACCGAUGCUAUUUGUAAUGCUUAUACUUAAUGUUGGCACCAUAGGUCAAAUCAAAGUGAAGAGAGAAUGCACAAUUAGAGAAUACAGAAUAAAUAGUUUUUGUUUUGAUUCCUUUGUUUGUUUAGAGCAAUAGUUUUUGCUGAUCAAGGAGUUCUGUGUAUUUUGGCAUGUGACUUAAUGUGUACUACGAAUAAGUUGCAAAUCCGCCCUUCCCAUGUUUCUUUAAGAUUUUUCUUUCUUAUUUUUUGUCCACUCCUACCAACUAGUUAAAUUAGUCCUACAAAACAUUUGUUCAAGAUUAAGUGAUAUUCAGUGCAAUGGAAUUGAAACUGCUUAAGAGGAGAUAUAUUGAGUGCAAUAAAUUACUAAAAAGAGAUUAAAUGGAAGACUGUAGUUCAAGCUCUAAAAUAAUACUUUAAAAAGUUCCACAAGUUAUGAUAGAAAAACGAAGAGAGGUUCAACUCUAAAAUGUCUUUAACAAUUUUCAUACAAUAUGGACACUUGAACUUGUGCAGUAUGGAAUUUUGCCUUAGCAGUCAUUGAAUCCACACAUGGUCCACAAAAUGGGUAGUGCCCACAGUCUAGGGCAUUAGCUGUUGCACAAGGGCCCUUGCAGACCCCGCACCGCUUACCAGCUUCAAUCUCAUCUGCGAGGAAAAAUAGUUCGAGUAACUAUCCAACUUUUUACUGAUACACAAAACAUGCACGUGUCACUUGUAAAUGGGAAUGCUAUGAAGUUCCACAAGUUGACAAUGGUGUGAAGUUACUGAUUCACAAUAUCAGAAGUCUAGAAAAGAUAAGAUUAUAUUACACACUUACCAUCACUAUCUUCACUCAUCUCUAGGACACCGUAGUUGCUUGGGCCUGGGGUUCCCACAUCUUGCUUGACGUUGGCAGCUUGGAUGAAGCUGGCAGCUGGCAUGACGUUGGAAGCUUGGAUGACGUUGACAGCUGGCAUGACAUUGGAAGGUUCGAUGACGUUGGAAGCUGGCAUGACGUUGGCAGCUGGCCCGACAUUUGCUAAACCAGAUGCAGCUCCUUGAUCAGCAAUGCGCUCCACGGCUAUUGCAAUCCUCGUCAGAACAUCCAGUGCUGUUAAAAGUAACACAGAACUAUAUGCAUUAAGAGGAAACAAGAGUUUAGUCAACGCAAGUACAGCAUUCAAAUAAUUAUAUGUAAUACGUUUGAGCUGCCACGCAAAUAAAUCAAUAUAUGUAAUUCAACUUGCGUACACUGUUGGAAGUUUUUUCGUAAUUUGACGAAAAAUGUCCUGUUAAUUUUUCAACACAAACUUC